CGAGCACUCGACUUCUCCCUCUCGUGAAGUGGGUUUACUUGAACUGAAGAAAGGAAAAAAAUGUCUCCACUUCUGAGAAGCAUCUUCGAUAUCACUGAAGUUUUCAAUCAAUAUGCCUCACAUGAUUGUGAUGGGGCAGCACUAUGCAAAAAAGACCUGAAGAACCUCCUUGAAAGGGAAUUUGGAGCUAUUCUUCGGCGACCACAUGAUCCUGAAACGGUAGAUUUGAUCCUGGAACUUCUGGAUCGCGACUGUAACGGGCUGGUAGAUUUCAACGAGUACCUCCUGUUCAUUUUCAAAGUGGCUCAAGCUUGUUACUACGCUCUGGCCGAGGCGUCCGGGCUGGAGGAGGAAGCCCCGUGCGAGGGAAAGGGGGCCCCGUUACUCGAUCGCAGGCAAGAAGACCGAAGGAGGUUUGAUCCCCGGGACAGAGAGUUGGAAGAAGAACGCUGGCAGAAGAGGCAGGAACUAGAGAGGGAGCUCGCUGAGGAAGAGGAGCAGAGGGAGAAGCUAGAGAGGCGAGAGCAGCGGCUGCAAAGGCGAGAGCAGGAAGCGCGCCGCCAGGUGGAAGAGGAGCUGCAGGAGCGCAAGGGGCGGGAGCCCGAGGAGUUUCCCGACCAAGAGCGGAGGCGAGAAAGGCGGGAGCAGCGAGAGCUGGAGCGCGAGCGCCAGCGCCUGGAGGAGAAACUGCGGGAGCUCCAGGAAGAGGAGCAGCUACCCCGGCGGGAACGGCAGGAGCUGAGGGAGCGCCUGGAGGAGGAGAAGGAAGAGGUGGAAGAGCAGCUGCAGAGGCUUAGGCGCGGGCGCCAGGAGCCCUUGGAGCAGGAGCUGAGGCGCGAGCAGGAACCGCGCCUGGAAAAGAAGCUGAGGCGGGAGCAGGAAGAGAGGCGAGAGCAACUGCUGAGGCAAGAGCGGGAGCAGGAGCUGAGGCGAGAGCAGGAACCGCGCCUGGAACAGAAGCUGCGGCGGGAGCAGGAAGAGAGGCGAGAGCAGGAGCUCAGGCGGGAGCAGGAGCCGCUCUUGGAGCAGCUGAGGCGCGAGCAGGAGCUGAGGCUCGAGCAGGAAGAGAGGCGAGAGCAGGAACCGCGCCUGGAAAAGAAGCUGCGGCGGGAGCAAGAAGAGAGGCGAGAGCAGCUGCUGAGGCGCGAGCAGGAACCGCGUUUGGAACAGAAGCUGAGGCGGGAGCAGGAAGAGAGGCGAGAGCAGGAGCUGAGGCUCGAGCAGGAACCGCGCUUGGAAAAGCUGCGGCGGGAGCAAGAAGAGAGGCGAGAGCAGCUGCUGAGGCGCGAGCAGGAACCGCGUUUGGAACAGAAGCUGAGGCGGGAGCAGGAAGAGAGGCGAGAGCAGGAGCUGAGGCUCGAGCAGGAACCGCGCUUGGAAAAGCUGCGGCGGGAGCAAGAAGAGAGGCGAGAGCAGCUGCUGAGGCGCGAGCAGGAACCGCGUUUGGAACAGAAGCUGAGGCGGGAGCAGGAAGAGAGGCGAGAGCAGGAGCUGAGGCUCGAGCAGGAACCGCGCUUGGAAAAGCUGCGGCGGGAGCAAGAAGAGAGGCGAGAGCAGCUGCUGAGGCGCGAGCAGGAACCGCGUUUGGAACAGAAGCUGAGGCGGGAGCAGGAAGAGAGGCGAGAGCAGGAGCUGAGGCUCGAGCAGGAACCGCGCUUGGAAAAGCUGCGGCGGGAGCAAGAAGAGAGGCGAGAGCAGCUGCUGAGGCGCGAGCAGGAACCGCGUUUGGAACAGAAGCUGAGGCGGGAGCAGGAAGAGAGGCGAGAGCAGGAGCUGAGGCUCGAGCAGGAACCGCGCUUGGAAAAGCUGCGGCGGGAGCAAGAAGAGAGGCGAGAGCAGCUGCUGAGGCGCGAGCAGGAACCGCGUUUGGAACAGAAGCUGAGGCGGGAGCAGGAAGAGAGGCGAGAGCAGGAGCUCAGGCGGGAGCAGGAGCCGCUCUUGGAGCAGCUGAGGCGCGAGCAGGAGGAGCGGCGAGAGCAGCAGCUGAGGCGGGAGCAGGAGUUGGCUGAGGAGGAGGCACUGCAAGAAGAGGCCCGUGAGCUGGGCGAGAGCCGUGCCCUGCGGUGGCAGCGGCAGCUGGAAAGCGAGGCCGAAGCCCGACAGAGCAAGGUCUACUCGAGGCCCCGCAGGCCCCGCAGGCAGGGGCCACUGAGGCGCCGCCAAGAGCAGGAGGAAGAGGAGGAGAGGCGGCUGCAGGAGCGCGAGCAGCGGCUGCGGGAGCGGGAGGAGGACUCCCAGCUCCUCCGACAGCAACGCGAGAGGCGGCUGCGCCAGGAGGAGGAGGAUCAGCGCCUACAGGGAUUCGAGAGGAAGCGGGAGCGGCAAUUCCUUGAGCAGGAGGAGCAGCUCCAGGAGGAAGAGCGGCGCCGGGAGGAGCUGCUCCGCGACCAAAAAUGGAGGUGGCAACUAGAAGAGGAAAGCCAGAGGCGCCGCCACACACUGUACUCCAAACCUGCUCUACGUGAGCAGCUGCAGCGCGAGGAGGAGCAGCUGCAGCGGGAGAAAGAGCAGCUGCUGAAGGAGGAAAGAGAGGAGAAAAGACGCCUUCAGGAAGAAGACAGAAAGUUCCGCGAGGAGGAACAGCUCCUCCAGGAACGGGAAGAACAGCAGCUGCGCCGCCAGGAGCGCGACAGAAAGCUCCGCGAGGAGGAACAGCUCCUCAAGGAACGGGAAGAACAGCAGCUGCGCCGCCGGGAGCGCGACAGAAAACUCCGUGAGGAGGAACAGCAGCUGCGCCGCCAGGAGCUCGAGCAAGAGCUUCGCCAAGAGGAACAGCAGCUGCGCCGCCAGGAGCGCGACAGAAAGCUCCGAGCGGAGGAACAGCUCCUCAAGCAACGGGAAGAACAGCAGCUGCGCCGCCGGGAACUCGAACAAGAGCUUCGCCAAGAGCGCGACAGAAAGCUCCGCGAGGAGGAACAGCAGCUGCGCCGCCGGGAAGGCCAGGAACAGCUUCGCCGAGAACGCGACAGAAAGUUCCUUGAAGAUCAACAGCUCCUCCGGGAACAGGAAGAACAGCUACUACGUCGCCAAGAAGAGCAGCAGCUGCGGGAGGAGCAAGAACUGAGGCGCCGGCAGGAGCGGGAGAGGAAAUUCCGGGAAGAAGAGCAGCUCCGCCAGCUGGAAGAGGCGCAGAGGCGCGGCCGAGGCUGGGAGGAAAAAGAUAAGGGCCGGCAGCAGAUUCUGGAGUCUGGCAAGCGUCCGUUUGCAGGUGUCCCGGUGCGCUCCAGCCCUCUCUAUGAGUACAUCCAAGAGCAGAGGUCCCAAUACCGUCCUUAAGAAAUGCCGCCAUAUCCCGACACUUGCCAAAGCUUCAGCAAAGGAAAAUGGGAAACACUGGGUACCAGAUGACUCAAAUGUUUUUGGUUGCGGGAAAACUCUGUUCUGUUAGAAUGUCUUUUUUUCCAAAAUCUUAAACUAUACUCAUUUCAUGUACUUUGUACUUCUACCUUUUCGUCUUCCUCAAGUAAGUCUUUACUGCAGGAUGUCUUUGCUCUUUGGUGCAGAUGUGGUGUGCAUUUUUAAAAACAAGUCAUUUAAUUUGUUUAAGGAGUUUUGUUUGGGGAACAUGUUAAUUUACUGCUUUCAGAAGUAACAAGAAUAAUCAGAUGUGAGAGUCAAAAGAAUCGGGUCUGUUUUUUAAAUGGUUGAUCUAUCUUGUGGAGAAUUUAGAUAUUUUUUAGUGUUCAAGUUGGUAUUUCUUCUUGGGCCUAAAUUACAUUUAUAUUUACCUCCAAAUAACCUUUCAUCUUUUGGGCAUAAUUAGCAUAGAUUGUGAAAGGGGACUGGAUUUUUACUGUAGGGAAACUGACUUCUACAGAAACUGACUUCCAUGUGAAAGUAGUCCAUAAUUGGAAGAAAUCUCUAUUAACAUUUAGCUUUAAAACUUAGAAUUUGAUUUUUUUUUUACACUUGACUCCAUAAACACUUAAAAAUCUCAUAAAGCAAAAGUAAGGUGUUUCUCAAAAACUCCAGAACUCAAAUUUUAAAACUGUUUUUGCUGUAAUCUAUAGUCCUCAGUUCUCUUCCCCCAAUCUUUGAUAAAUUUCAGAAUAUUACUACCUUUAUUAAUUUUACCUGAGAGGAAACCUGCUUAGGAUCCAAUAGACAUCUAUCUUCCUCUAGGGCCAAUAAGAGAUCACAGAGAGCAUUUUGGGGGAGGGGAAGGGAAAAAUUUGUAAACAGAGGGGCAAGUUCCUACAGGCCCUUAAGAAGACCCAUCAGCCCACAAUCCUUUGAAGCCUAUUGAUACUACCUUGGAGACUUCUUGUUGAAAUAAUUGGACUGUAUUAAAAAUUAAUAAUAAAUGUUUAGCAAACAAUUA